GUGUCCGAAGUGGUAAAAAUAUUAGUGUGUGAUGUUGUCAAUGUACGGAGUGUCUUGUAUCCCUUGACCAGUCCCCGUUGACGAGAGGGGCCGGGCUCCGUGGCCGUCUACACUGCCUCCCAACCUUCAGUUGUUCAUGCAAAAGCACCACCAAUCGUAAAGACGACAGAAUUAGCUUUAAUAAUGGACGAUGCUCCUGUCAUUUAUGGUCUAGAGGACUUCCAGGCACGGGCACUGGCUGCACACACUGCUGAAACUGAAAAAAUUAACUUUCUUGUGGGAACUCAGUCAUUGAGAAGAGUUAAUCAAGUUCAACUUAUUGAAUUCGAUGAUGACACAAGUUUAGUAACAAAGCAGACGUUUGAUCACCCAGCUGGUGAAAUCUGGAGGAUUGUUGCUGCUCCACAGAGCCCAGACCUAAUUGCCACUGUCUACAAUAAUACCCAGGAUUACUGUGGUGAAUUUGGGGCAGCAAUAUGGAGACUCCCACUUGAAGGUUCUGCAUCAGGUGUGCUUGAUGAUACAAGGACUGGUGGUGAACAAGUUGAAAAAUUAUGCAGCUUAGACAGGAUAGCUGGAAGUGAUCCUCAAAUUCCAGGUUCACCCGUACCUGGCUUGGGUUCACAGGUGUGGUCAGUUGUGUGGGCACCAGAACAUGAUUCACAUCUUGUCACAUUAGUUGACAACCAUCUCUUUUAUUGGGAUGUGGAAGCUGCAGGGAAGUCAGCCAAGGUGAGAUGCACAGUCUAUUUAUAUUUAAAAUUACAUUUCAAUUGUGCAGGAAAGAUUCCAAUGUAAUUUUUUUUUCCAAAAUAUCUGUAUCUAUUAUAUAUCUAGUUUAUCUAUACUUAUAUCUGUA